AUGCCCGCAGGUAUUGACCUGCUACAGGGAACCGGUGCAGCCGCUGGCCAAGACGGCAUCUCCACUGGAAGACCUGAUGUACAGCCUGAGCAUCUGGCAGGCUCAGCUCAGCAACCUCGUACAGGUGGAAAGCGAAUCGUCUUCACUGGCGGCUCAGGCAAGGCCGGAAGACAUGUCAUCCCAUACCUGCAGAAGCAAGGUCACAAGGUUCUGAACCUGGACUUGGUAGACUUUCCUGACAAGGAUGCUGGCGUAUUCACUCUCAAGGCUGAUCUGACGAAUUCGGGCGAGGUCUUCAAUGCCUUGACCACACAUUACACUAUGGCUGGCUACGAGCAAGGCCAUCCCGAGCCGCCACCGGACGCAGUCAUCCACUUCGGCGCCUUUGCGAGGAACAUGCUCGUGCCCGACAACAAGUGCUUCGCAGACAAUGUCACGUCAACCUACAACAUCAUCGAAGCGGCCUGCAAGCUCGGUGUCAAGAAGAUCAUCAUCGCCUCCUCCGAGACCACCUAUGGCGUAUGCUUCGCCGAGGGAGACUACGACUAUCACCAGUUUCCACUCGAGGAGGACUACGAUGUCGACCCAAUGGACUCGUAUGCUCUCAGCAAGCUUUGCGGUGAACGGACUGCGAGGACUUUCGCGCGUAGAUAUGGAGCUGACAUCUACGCUCUUCGCAUUGGCAACGUCAUUGAGCCCCACGAAUACGGUGACUUCGAGAUUUACGUCAAUCAGCCCAUGACCAGGAAACGCAAUGCGUGGAGCUACAUCGAUGCUCGGGAUCUCGGCCAAAUCUGCCAUUUGGGUGUCGAGAAGGACAAGCUAGGAUUUCAAGUGUUCAACGCUACCAAUGACACCAUAACGACCAAGAUCCCAACUGAACAAUUCUUGAAAGAGGCCUGCCCUAAUGUCAAGAUUACGAGGAAAAUGGGCGAAUUCGAAGCCCCACUCAGUAACCGCAAGAUUCGGGAAGUGCUCGGCUUCGUGGACGGCCACAACUGGAGGCAGUACUACCAACCUGACGUGAGUAUCGCUCAGAAGCUUGGCAUCUAG